AAAAUUACCCACCAAACACGCAGAAAAACUGUCCAGAAAGAAAACCCACCCACAUUUCCCAUUAAACAUUUGACAGAGAAAACCAUUUCCAAGAUUUCAAAAAUGUCAUCAACAGCAACAUCUCAAUUAUCAUGUUUUGCCACCAUUCAAUACAACAACAACAAUAGAAUUCAUCUCACCCAUCGAUCACAUCUUAUCCCUUCUCAGUUAUCCACUGUUAUCAACAGUGACCGACAUGCCAUAAAAGCAUCCCGUUCAGGUAGCAAGUUAACUGUAAAGUAUAUAGCAAAAGCAUCACAAUCAGACAAUGAUAUACUAGUGAAACCCAAUUCUAGUGUAGAAGAAUAUGUCAAUGGAAAAGAGAUUGACCAACCAGAAAGAGCAUCAAAGAUUCAUGAUUUUUGUUUCGGAAUUCCAUAUGGUGCAAUUGUUUUUAGUGGGGGGCUUGUUGGCUUCUUGUUUACAAGAAGUCCUGCUACUUUGAUAUCGGGUGGACUUUAUGGUAGUGGUUUACUGGCCCUCAGCAUGUUCAGCUUGACAGUCUGGAGACAAGGACGAUCUAGCUUACCAUUCAUACUUGGACAAGCAGGAAUCGCUGCCGCCCUUUUAUGGAAAAACAUGCAGACUUAUAAAUUGACGAAGAAAAUAUUACCAACAGGCUUGAAUGCUGUCAUAAGUGCUGCGAUGUUGUGCUUCUAUGUGUAUGUGGUGGUAUCUGGCGGAAACCCACCUCCAAAGAAGUUGAAGACUGCUGCUGCGGCCCCAUCUUAGUGACGACCUGAACUCAAAAUAUAGUUGAAAGAUUACCUUUCUUUUGUUUUGUUUCUUUUUCUCCUUUGGACCGGUAGAGUAAUAUUUUUUUUUUUAAAGUUAAAUGAGGUUUCAGCUUUUUUUAUAAGAAAUAUGAGUGCAUAUAUAGACAUAAUGUUCUUUUGACAACUUUGUUAACUAAGUAACCCAUAAUCUGUCAUCA